UUUUGGUUCUAAGAAUACGAUCUACCAAUCAAAUUGGAUGAUGCUACAGAAAUGAGACUUUCCCACUGAUUGACAUCUUGAUGAUUUGAUAAUGUAUAAAUAGUGUAAGGAACUGAGUACCUGUGUGGAUUCUGUGACCUAGAUUUACCUGGAACUACGUAAGAGACAAAGGUCCAGUAGCCCAUGAUGGAAAGACUCGGAAAAGUAAUGUGUAUCUUCGCGAUAAUUCACGUCAGAAGUGUCCAGUGUCAGAAUGGUGGAGUUAAUGGAAAUUGGGGGCCUUGGUCUCAGUGCUCUCAAACCUGUGGAUUUGGUUUGCGAUUCCGACAAAGACUUUGCGACAAUCCAUCACCUAAAAAUAUUGACAACAAAUGUGUCUCAGCUAUGGAAGAAGAUAGGUGUAACAUCGAGACCUGUAGCACAACUCCUUCUCCCAAUACAAGCUCUCCAACAACACCACUAACCAGCACCACAACACCAAUACCGAUAAUAUGUGGAGAACCACCUAGAAUUGAGGGAGCGACCAUCUCUGCUGGAGGAAAUGUGGAGGGCACCACUCGUACUUAUCUCUGUAAUCAAAACACAAGUACAGAAGGCAACACAACGAUCACCUGUGGCCCUGACGGAAGAUGGUCAAGCACGGACCUUUACUGCAGACCAAUAUGUGGAGAACCGCCUAAAAUCGAAAGAGCCACAAUCUCUGCUGCAGAAAAUGUAGAGGGCGCCACUCGUACUUAUUUCUGUAAUAAAAACACAAGUACAGAAGGCAACACAACGAUCACGUGUGGUCCGGACGGACAAUGGUCAAGCACGAACCUUUACUGCAGGCUGUCUUGUGGACCACCAUCAACAAUACCGCGAGCUACGAUCUCGAAAGGUGACAAUCUCCAGGGGACAACAAGAACGUAUUCUUGUCUUCAGAACACCGUCAUGACAGGUACACCAACUAUAACAUGUGGCGUGGAUGGACAGUGGUCAAAGACGGAUUUGCAUUGCCGGCGGAAAAAAGACGAUUCGUCAAGACCCUCAUCAAGCAGCUCAUCAGAAUCUUCAUCGGAAGAAGACGGUCCUUAAACAGAUCUCUAUCCCAGACCCAGAUCAGAAGACCUUCGUUAUGUCUAAUGGUGUAUCUUGAUGUAGAACAGUCAGAAUAUUUUGUUUCAAAUUACUUCUA